CAGAUAUUUUCUCUUUCCCGCAACUUCCCUUACUUUUGUCUUCCCACCAACCACCGCACUUGGCUCUGAUUCACCAAAUGAGCGACUCAGAGAUCUGAGAGGGCGCACAGAGAGUCCGUACCGGCUUCGAAUCUUCGCGCUCUGAGCUUCGUCGAGGUAGUCCGGUGGAAGCAUUGAUGAGUUUACAUAUCUGAGAGGACGCACAGAGUCCUGUACGAGCUUCGCUCCUCUGCCAACCACCGUAUCUUCGCGCUCUGAGCUUCGUCGAGGUGGUCAGAUGGAAGCCUUGAUUAGUUUACGGAUCAGACCUAUCCGAACUCACUGGAAGCAGCAUCGUCCCCCUUCUCUUCCUGCAUAUACAUUGAAAUUGACAAAUAACUCGCAAAGAAAUCGGGUCGGGAUGAUUAGCAGCUCGAAGCCAUUCAAUUCAGUAUCUGUCUCGGUACAGCCCAUGCAGACUGAAACAUCGGGUCGCUUUGAUAACACAGUGCCAUCCAAAGAGGCACUUGAUGUAUGGAAAAAUGCCGAUGCCGUAUGCUUCGACGUCGAUAGCACUGUCUGUGUCGAUGAGGGCAUUGAUGAACUCGCGGAGUUUUGUGGGGCCGGAAAGGCUGUUGCGGAAUGGACAGUUAGAGCAAUGGGCGGUUCUGUCCCUUUCGAGGAAGCCCUGGCUGCAAGGUUAUCAUUGUUCUGUCCCUCCUCAUUCCAGGUUCAAGAUUUUCUCGAGAAGAGGCCACCGAGGAUUUCUCCUGGGAUUGAUGAGUUGAUCACAAAGUUGAAAGUGAAUAAAACUGACGUGUAUCUGAUCUCUGGAGGAUUUCGCCAAAUGAUCAAUCCUGUCGCAUCAAUCCUGGGGAUUCCGCGUCAAAACAUAUUUGCCAAUCAGCUGUUAUUUGGAAAUUCUGGGGAGUUUCUUGGAUUCGACACCAAUGAACCAACUUCUCGGAGUGGUGGUAAAGCUGCUGCAGUAGAGCAAAUAAGAAAGGCGCGAGGAUACGAGAAACUGGUCAUGAUUGGGGAUGGUGCAACCGAUCUGGAGGCUCGUCGCCCAGGAGGUGCAGACCUGUUCAUUUGCUAUGCCGGUGUCCAACUCCGAGAUGGUGUUGCAGCGAAAGCCGAUUGGCUGGUUUUUAAUUUUAAAGAUUUGAUAAAUUCCUUAGAAUGACGUCUCUAUUUUUUCCCCCCUCGUUUCUCCUCAUUUGGCCCCAUUAGCUCAAGCUCCCAUUGUUUCUCCUGCUCUUAAGGUUCCCUUUCCCUCCCUUUGUGGGCUAAGCUUUUAUUUUUCCUGGAUUAAUUAUUAUUUAGAAUUUACAAUAAGAGCAAAACUCGUCUCGUGUGCAUGUAAUUGCCUUUUCAUGUUUACUUGUUUUAGUUUGACUCGCAUAUAAUUAUGCUUCACAAUUUUGGAAGCUAUUGAACUCUGCGGCCGUGCCUUUUAAUGGAUAUCUGGUGCCAA